AUGAGCCUCUGCCUCAAAAAGACAGCCGCCGAAGAAGACGCCCAGUGGGACGGCAUCCGAGGUCUGCUUGAAGCUGUUGGCCUCCAGGGCUGGCCGUACAUCGACUCGCCGACACCGUUCCAGCUCGAUCAAUUCCUGAUGCUCAUCGACCGACAGUUGGCCAUCUUUCCCAUCGUCCACGUGUCGCUUCGGAAGGUCUCCGACAGUGAUCCCUACCUGCUGCACGUCGACGCGCCGCGUGAAUUCCUUUCGAUACAAUACGAAAUGCAAAAGACCUCCAAGUCGAUGACCUACAAGGAGAUUGUUCGGCGAACGCUAACCUUGUGGAAGACAUUGCCCCAAAGUAAAGCCUCAGCCAGAACCGUCGUGCAAUUAGAGGCUGAACUCCUGGAGGCGUCCAAGCCCAUUUCUGCCAAAGAGGCACAUGACGACAGGGUCCUUUACACCGUGAAAAAUUUGCCACCGUUGCCAAUGUUCAGCGUGAAAGAGUACCUCCUUCACCUUCGCGGAGGGCCUAACGACAGCGUCGUGGUGGUGCGUCACUCGUACAUCGAAAAACUUUCUGGCGUUAUUCGAAAGUGGAGUCCUCAAGCCAUGCUCAACUUCCUCGGCGUCCGCGUUGUCGCGCACGUGGCUCCCCUGCUGCCGCCGGCAUCGGUACCACAGGGCUUGCUCCGCAUGGGUUACCCCAGUUUCCAACACACCGUGGACCCGAGGACACAGAGCUGCUUCCACCUAGUCAACCGACUGUUUCCGCACGGCUUUCGGUGGAUCCUGCGAGAGAUAAUCGCCAAGACCACCGACCUAGACCUCCAGUGGGCCGCGUCGGCCAGACACGCCAUGUCAUCGCUGACGCGAACCUAUCGCGCGGGAACCGCCUGGAUGCAGGGCGAAGACCUUUCGAACGCCUUGAAGCGGCUCGGGGUCUUACGCGUGAACUACCUGGCCGGCAGGGAGAGUCGAGAAAAAAUCGACGCCUACUACGCGAUCGCGAACACCACCUACGACACGGACAACCUGGUCGGCUACUACGGCGGUCUCCUGGCCACGUCCCUCCAGAGGUACUGGAACUCGAGCAACGGCGACGCCAACUACGACGCUCGCUUCGACGGCCGCUCGACGGACCUGGACGUAGCGUGGACGCGGUCUCCGGAGUCGACCUACGCGGUCUACCUGACUUCGAGCGGCGUGGCGUCCGCGUCGCUGGUGACGCGAGCCGAUCUCCCUUCCACGCUGUACCCGCUGCUGUCGGUCGACGUGUCGAGGGCGUUGCUCCUGUCCUCCCUAGAGGAAGCCCGCUGGUCCAGCUGGACUCGAGACAGGUUCGACUCCCUCGUGAAGUGUCUCGUGGAGCGCUACAAGAGCGCCGUCCAAGCGACCGGAGUCUCUGCGACGAGCGACAACUUGGGCGACUUCGCCGAGCAGAUAUUCGCGGACAACGCCGUCCUCAAGCCCCUCAUGGUGGCGUUCCAGAGGUACUCGCACGGUGUCCCUUUCGUGCCGGUCCGCGCGCACAUGAAACUAACCGCGUUGAAACUUUUCUUCAUCAACUACGCGGCGGCAUUUUGCGCUUCCAAGAACGAGGUUGCACACGACCGCGAGCGCAUGCUGUACGGACUGAGCCUUCCACCGCGCGUGCGAGUGAACGCGGCUCUGCUGGACCUAAAGGAAUUCCGAGACGCGUUUAAAUGCUCGAAGCGAUCGACGGCGACGACGACUCGUUGCCCCGUUUGGAACCAAGGCGACAGUGGCCUCUCCGAUUCGAGUCGGCGUGGACUUCGACGGAAUUUGGAUAAAGUGAGGAAGCGUUGA